AUGUCAUUCAGAAGAAGAGGAGAAGUAGUAGCUGGAAGGGGUUCCGCAGGUAACAACCCGAUGCUAAAUCGGGCUGCUGCCGCCCCAAGAAUUGCCGGCAUCUCAGAUAAUGCAGGUUUAAGGAUGCCACCAGGUGUACCUACAACACGAGAGGGCCCGAUCACUGGUGAAAAGAAAUCCGUCAAAGAGGAUAUUUUUAAGCAUCCAGGAUUAAAGCCCUCUAUUGCAUUGUCCAAUAUCAAUUGUGUUUCAACCGGAACUAAAGAUAUAGACACUAUACUAAUCCAUGGUGGUUUGCCUGUCAAUUGUUCGUUGUUGGUCGAGGAAGACGGCAGUACUGAUUUUGGUGGAGUGCUUAUGAAGAAAUAUGUGAGUGAAGGUAUUGUUCAAAAUAGAAAGACAGGGAAAUUUGUUAACCACUGCAUAGUUGUGGGAAUGGAAAACACAUACGGUAAUGAAUUACCGGAUAUUUAUGCUGGGAGUAGUAAAGAACGAAAGAAGAAACUUGUGCAAGAACAAGAGGGUAAGAUCAGUGUCAGUAACGUUAAUGCAGGAAACGAUUUGAGAAUUGCAUGGCGAUAUAAAAAGGAUGCCAUUGCGGGGAAAGGAAGUGGUGAUGGAAACGAGUUAGAUGACUCCAAAUACCCGGAAUACAAUCACCAGUUUGACAUUACAACAACAAUCAGGCCUAGCCCAGGGGCGUCUGAAAUUAGCUUUGUGAAGCUUGAUGGCGGUUUUGAUGGAGUUUUGAGAGAUAUAAAGAGAAUAGUGGAUAGAGAGCUCAAAACUGAGACGAGAAUGGUGAGGUUGGCUAUACCAUACAUGCUGAACCCUAUGGUUUACGGUUGCGAUGCUCUCGUGGAGACUCACUCGGUCAUACGUUUUGUAUUUGGGCUCCGCCGAAUCUUGAACGCAUACCCAGGAAGAAUCACUAUGAUGGCAAGUUUGAGCAGUGAGCUAUUUGAAGACACUGCUAUCUUAUCCAGUUUAGAGAGCUUGUUGUUUGAUGGUGUAAUUCGCUUGGUGCCUUUUCCACACGAGCUUAAUGUUCUGAUGGAGAAAGUUUACAAAACUCAGCGUGAAAAGAUCAAGCAAGGUUACGUCGAUGUGUAUCGAGUUCCUAUACUAAGCUGCAUGGGUCUUAUGGAGAGACGCUUAAAGGAAUACAGUUUCAAAAAUAGCAAAAGUAAGUUCCAGGUGGAACAAUGGAGUAUUCCUGUGGAGGAGGAAGAUGUAGAUGAGGCCAAAAAGACCGAUUUCUAG